CAGUCGCAAGUGAUUAUACGUAGUUUUUUCCCAUUUCCUGUGUCACUAUGUGGAAAAUAAUAGUAGUGGUUCUCUUUCCACUGUGCUACGGGGGAGUACCCAAUGGCAUUGUUUCAGACUGGGCCGUAUUUUCUACCAAGACUUUGUACAGGUGGGCUCACAGCGUUGCCCAGCCGUCCGAAAACUCUGGUUUUAACGAGGUUUACAAUGAUCGUCUGUGUGAAGCAGUGCAUAUGAGCAUGCUGUUGCGUCACGGAGCGCGCUACCCCUCCGACGGCAGUGUUGAAGAGAUCAACGAUAUCCACGAGCGUCUAAAGGACGGUAAAAGCAUUAACGUUUUUCCUGAGCUGGAGACAUGGACCUCGCCCUAUACUGAACCGCUGGCGAGCACGCUAAAUGCUGAAGGGAAGGAGGAACACCGCCUCCUCGGCCAGCGAACGGCUCUUAGGUUCCGCCGGCUCUUCCAAAGAAACGGACAGUACAUCCGGUUUAUAUCCUCGGACAAACAGCGUACAAGAGCAAGCGCUAACAGCUUUUAUGGCGGUUUGUACAACGCAACCGGGGACUGCCUGUACGGUAACCAGCGGUGCGCUCCACCUACCGGAAUCGCAAACAUAGCCCCGACAAACCUCACGAUCGAUGAUAAAAUUAUUCGAUUUUACGAUGGCUGUGACAAAUAUGAAAACGAUAUUGAGGACAAUGACGAUUAUUUCAAAGAGUUCAAAAAGUAUGAGAAAACAGAAGAGUUUCUGAACAUCACGAAAUCCAUCAGAGCCAAACUAGGACUGCCUUCAGGCUUUGCGCUGAGUUCAACGGACGUGUACACACUGUACGAACUGUGCGCGUACGACCAGUACACACUGGAGCCGCCCUCCCCGCCCUUCUGGUGCCGUCUCCUCUCCAAUGGCGAUCGCGAGAUCCUCGAGUACGGACAGGAUUUGGAGAAAUGGUUGGAGAGUAUGUACGGCGAUCCACUGACGUCAAGGGUGGCGUGCCCGCUGGUACGGCACAUGUUGGGUAACCUAAAGGCAGCUAUGAACACCAGCUGGGACUACAGCAAUAUCACACAGGAGCAGGCUAACCGGGGAUACACAGCGGCCAAUUUUCUGUUCGGACAUUCAGAGACGGUGGCGCAGCUAAUGGCUACAUUAGGUCUUUACAAGGACAAUACCCCGCUCCUCGCGACUAACAGGGAAGCUUUGCGAGACAGGAAAUUCAAAUCAAGCAAGUUGUUGCCAUUCUCUGCCAAUUUAGCUUUCGUGCUAUAUGCGUGUAAAGCUGGUCCCAACGAUGACAACCCUGACAACAAGUUUCUCGUGAAGAUGUUCGUUAAUGAGGAAGUAGUCCGUAUACCAGGCUGCAAUGCCGACGCCUGCCCUCUUGACACCAUGCUUCAACAAUACGCCAACAUAACCAACAGCUGUGAUAUCGAGAAGAUUUGUGACGACGAUGACGAUGAUAUAUCAGGAACCAGUGUCAUCAUUAUUAACACCACCGUAUUUAUUGCAACAUUACUUUUGUCAGCAUUGUCAUGUUCAUAAAAUAUUCAGUUCAGUACUUGGAACUUCCAACUAUCCAAAACCUUACAUGUACCUUCGUUUUAAUACCAUUGAAAAUACUUUGUAAAAAAAUACAGAUUAUGUAAAAUA